AUGAGGUGCAUGAGGCUUGAAGACUUCUGGUGGGGUCUAGGGGGUAGAUGUACACGGCCCUCACCUUGCAAGUGGGAUGAGGAGACUAGUUCUAGAUUUGAACUUUUGAGGAUACGAAAAUUGGAAAGAAAACCCCCACAAAGCUACGAUCCUACAGGAAAUAAUGCAGCAUCAAAAGGAGCAAGCUUGGAAUCAAGGAUUGGAGAUUGGCGUGACUUACAAGGGCUGCAUAGGGGAACACAUACUUUUUAUGACCUUAUCACUGAUAUACUUUCCUCAAGUGAUGGUGAAGUCACCUUUGAAGGCUAUUCAACCCACUUUGGAAUUGCUGAAUCUGCACGUUGGUUUCUCCAUCAUGAGAUUGAAAUCAUAAGAAAAUGCUUGGAGAAACAUGAGGGAUUUAAGUUAAGACUCGUGGGUCAUUCUCUAGGAGGGGCUAUAGCUUCUUUGUUGGCAAUAAUGAUCCACAGAAAAUCACCAAAGGAGCUGGGUUUUAGCCCUGACAUUGUAUCUGCGGUUGGCUAUGGAACUUCACCAUGUGUCUCCAAAGAACUUGCUGAAAACUGCUCUGGCUAUGUGUCGACAGUUGUAAUGCAG